AAAAAAAAAAAAAAGGAUGUAGUUUGUAAUUUUGGCGGCUGAGAAACGGCCAACAGUUGUGGGAACAGAAGAAUUAAUAAGAAAUCAAGAACGAGAAGCACCCAGAAACUAUUGCAUUCUCCAAAUUCACAUCAUGCCUCUUGCUUGGAGAUUUUACCCUUUUGGUUCUACUUUCAAGAGUGCAAGAAAAUUUAUAGGGACUUCUCUGGCAGAUGCUAUUCCAUCAAAUAACCGAAGGUGGCAUUUAUUAAAUGGAGGAAGAAACAUUUUGCUCUUCAGAAAGCAGGUCAGAUUUGUGCAGACAACAAACCGGAUGUCAGUCCCUGGAACCUCACCUGUUAUCAAAGAAAAUAAGAUUCCGGACUAUCUGAGGGACAAGAAAAUGAUUCCCGAUGCAUCUGCUCCCAGCAGUAAGGACAUCGACCUUUUAUAUCAAUUUUUUGAUCAAAGUAAUAAGCUGGUGGUAUUGACUGGAGCUGGAAUGAGUACUGAGAGUGGGAUCCCAGAUUAUAGAAGCCCAAAUGGAGCAUAUAGUUCUGGUUUCAGACCCAUUACCCAUCAGGAGUUUAUCCGCUCAGGCAAGGCUCGCAAGCGUUACUGGGCAAGGAGUUAUGCUGGGUGGAGGCGAUUCACUUCAGCGCAGCCAGGUGCUGGUUACUUUGCAUUAUCAUCUCUAGAAAAAGCUGGAAGAAUUAGUUAUAUAAUCACACAAAAUGUUGAUAGGCUACAUCAUCGAGCUGGCAGCAAUCCUCUCGAGUUGCAUGGCACUGUAUAUACUGUGGGUUGUAUUGAAUGUGGCUAUUCAUUUUGUCGGCACUCAUUCCAGGACCAACUGAAGGCACUUAAUCCUAAGUGGGCAGCAGCACUUGAUAGUUUGACUUUUGAAAACCCAGGGUCGGACAAAAGUUUUGGAAUGCGGAUGAGGCCUGACGGUGAUAUCGACAUUGAUGAGAAAUUUUGGGAAGAAGAUUUUCACAUUCCUACUUGUCCUGAUUGUGAUGGAGUACUGAAACCUGAGGUUGUCUUCUUUGGUGACAAUGUGCCCAAGGACCGAGCUGACAGAGCAAUGGAAGCAGCUAAAAGUUGUGAUGCAUUUCUGGUUAUUGGGUCUUCUCUAAUGACAUUUUCUGCUCUCAGAUUAGUAAGAGCAGCACAUGAGGCAGGUGCAGCUACGGUAAUUAUAAAUAUUGGUACUACCAGGGCUGAUGAUAUUGUGCCCUUGAAGAUCAGUGCUCGAUGUGGUGAGAUACUUCCGAGAUUGCUGCAUACUGGAUCUCUGAGUAUUCCGGCUGUUCAAUCAUGACACCUAAGUGACUCAGGUUGAACGUUUUGGAUUUUCAUUUUCAGUGAACAGAUUAUACAUUUUUUUAUUUCCUAUUUCAGCAGCUGUUGCAGAAGUGGUAGACUGUAUGUCUGUAUCCAUUGGCUUACAUUGUGUUAAUAUCCCAUGAAUCUGCAAGUGUUUGGUAGACUUUGAAAUAUGGUAUUCUUGCGAAUUGGGGGUUUGCUUCCCAAGCUUUCACUGCGCGCAAUGGAGAAAUUAUGAGAUAAGUUAAAAUUGUUUAGUGAUGUUGCCCAUUAUAUUAGUAUUAGUGUAUUAUGAUCAACAAACUUGGAUCCAUGUUACAGAUAUGAACAUUCAUGUGGUAGUAAUUUAGUCUAGGGCCUCUAGGGGUAAACUUCGUAAAUUCAUUGAAAUUACUUCGUAUUGUGUAUGAAUCAAAAAGUCCAUUUUUCUUUGAAAAAUUAAAUGUAAGUCUUAUGUUAAUAGACAAUAUUGUACUCCGUAUUAAAAACAUCUCAAGUAAUUACAUUUCUAAAUCAA